AUGCCUGAUAUUAACAAACCAUUGGAUAAUAUCGCUGAUGCAUUAAGACUUUCACCGCUUGCAUUAGCUAUGGCAAAUGAAUUUGUUUUUGAUAUUUCUAAAAUAUUAAAGAAAAUGGCAUUUGAUCUUAUCAUAUUCGGCUAUAUUAUCCCAUCAAUGGUUAUCAUUUUUGUAACUAUUCUUACAUGUUGGUAUAUACGUGAAGAAAUUCGUAAUCUUUAUCCAAUGCUUGUACCGGUUUGUUAG